CACAAGGACAGCUAUUAAAUUCGCCCUUAAUAAGACCUAGGUAUCCCCAAAAUGAAGCUUUAUACGAUGAAGAGGCUUAAGGCCUCCAUAUUACAAAAAUUUCGCCAUCGCUACGUAAUGCUACCCGAAGACGACAACGCGGUCGAACCGCGAUCGCGCUGUAACGAAUACAGUAGCAAUCGCCUCAUUGGUGCUUUAAAGAACAGAAUCUGGCUCCGUCGUAAUCAUUAUGUUGGAGCACUGCUCUUCAAUUUGGGCGCGUUCGUCCUCCCAGCUCUGUACAGUACGCUAUCCAAGCUAUGGGUCGCGGAAAUCGACUCGUCGCUUCUUGCGACGACCGACGUAUUUACCUACAUCGGAGUAGUGGCUGAGGUUCUAAACGAGGGCCUCCCCCGCGCCUCCUGGGUCAUUAUUGCGGACAAAGACUCGCGCUCGUUAACACAGCGCCUCGGUCUGGCCUACACGCUCAUUCUAUUCCAGUCCAUCCUCGGACUAAUUAUGAGUAUCGCAUUUAUCGCCGGCGCCGCCACAUUUGCGGAAGGAUUUGUCCCCGUCGAGAUUCGCGCCGCGAGCUUGAGUUACGUCCGUAUCAGCGCUUUCUCGGCCCUGAGCUCAGCGAUCGAAACUGCAGUGGCGGCAGCGACGAGAGCCCUCGACAAGCCCGAUAUUCCGCUGGUUAUUAGCUUGACUAAAUUUGCCAUAAAUAUUAUUCUGGAUUUGCUGAUCAUCUCGCGAUUCCGCGUUGGCGAUAUUCAACCGACUAUUAAUAUUCAAGCUGGCAUUCAGCUUACUUGUAAUAUGACGGCUGCCUUCGUAGGACUUGCCUACUUCCUUUGGACGACGAACUUGCAACAUCGAAAUCACCAGCUCGAACUUUCUGCUGACGACGAGGAAGUUCCUCGGAUGCAGAUGCAAGCUGGUACCAAGAUCCGGUUGAGCUUUCGUGCCUUGACUGUACUACUGCGACCCGGGAUCCUAACCCUGGCUGAGUCGGCCAUACGAAAUUCCCUUUACCUCUGGCUAGUUAGUACCAUCGUGGCGCUAGGUUCGACGUAUGCGACAGCCUGGACGAUAUUCACUACCAUCCGCUGGGGAUUGGUUAUGGUUCCCGUUCAGUCGUUAGAGGCGACGAGCCUUGCGUUUAUCGGUCACCACUGGGGUUCUUGGCGGCGUUCUAUCAGUAAGACGACGCGUAGGCCCGGUCGUGUCGCCUUCAAAACUAUUAUCCAAAUUGCGAGACCGGCCCUCGUUUCCCUCGUUAUCGCCCUCUUAGUUGAAGUCCCUCUUGCCAUAUUUCUAUCCAUAUGGGGUACUAGAUCGUUCGCUCGAUACCUGGGCCAGCCGGAUGAAAUCGCGGACAUCGCAGCGCUCAUGUGGCGGACUACCGAUUGGUGUUACAUAUUCUAUGCCAUGUCGACCCAGCUUGCCACGGUUCUCCUGGCCACGCAGCCCAAGUGGUACCUCUACCAGAGCUUAGUUAGCAACCUCCUCUACGUUUUACCGUGGGCCAUAGUCUGCCAGGUAAAAGAUCUAGACGUGAGCAAUGCUUGGACUUACCAUAGGCUAGUUUUCGGUGGAAGCUUGGUAUUUAGUUUUAUCGACGUUCUAGUUGUGGAUGCCGCGUGGAUAUGGACGUUGAUGACCGGAAGGGCGAGGCUCGAGACGUUUCGAGAAAGCUGAUAUGGCUUUGAGGUACACGUUAUGUUUCGACCAAGCUUAUGGAUACUAUGGGCACGAAACGUGAGUCUAUAGAGAC